UUUUAGUUCAGACUCCCUUGCUGGUGCUGAGACAACUUCUGGGUCUGAUGACACUGUGAUAUUGACCAGAAGUCCAAGUGAAGAAAAACGAAUGGAGGAACGUUGUCAUGCCCAAAUGGUCGAAAACAUCUUAAAAGGAAGCCCAGGAGGCGACAAGAUCAUGAAUGAAUAUGCUCGAACGAAGUGUUUGUCAGAUAGCAGAAGACGUGACAUGGUGAAGAUCUUGGUUGCUCAUAUGACAAAUGAACAUGGAACAAGCCCACCUCGGCGUUUGAAGGAAGACUACGCAAAGGGGAUCAUCUCCCUCUUCCCCUAUUUGGCCGACCCCAGGAGCAAGCUUGGUUAUGAGCAUUAUUACAAUGCAGAAGAUGGAAGUGGCUAUUUGGCAUGGAGAAUUAAAACGCUGCAGAAAGAAGCAUCAGAUGGACGACUUAAGCGCCCACGACAAUCACAAACAGGCGGGCCAACCGUGGACAGAGAUCCUUACAAAGAAGAUAACUGGUUGAGUGAUGAACGCCAGUGUCAGGAAGCAAUAGCUCUGAUGAAGCACACAGCUGAUGAAUCUGUGGUGAAGGAAAAGAUGAGGUUUACCCUGGUCUAUCGUCAGAAGAUUUUGCAUGAUCCUGACAAGUCAUCUGAUAUUCUAACCAUUUUCCCACGAUUCAUGGACAUACCUGGCCUGAUUGAGCAGGAUUUUACACUACUUUUUGGUAACUCAACUUCUGCAAAGCUGUUGGAGAAAUGGUCCACCAACAUAAAACCAAAGGUCAUUGCACAGAGUCGUGGCCUGACACAGACUGGGGAGCUCCAAGACCUCGUCCAGAAUGCUGUAGCUACUGAAAUUGAAGAAGGUUGGGACAGUGACAUGUCUUCCAUUCUCUUGCUGGUCCACCUUCUACCACCUUCGAGUCAAGGGCGCAAAAGACCAGGGAAGAUUUCGGCUCGACAAGCCUGUGAUUGCCUAGUGAAAUUCAUCAAGACUGGUGUCAGCAUACAGGGACAUUUGGAGGGCAUCACACAGAGUGUCCAGCCAUAUCUACUUGCAGCCGGACCGAAGAAAAGUAGGAUCCAGUCUUACUUCAUUGUUGUUGACAAACAGGCCUUGCCAUGCAAGUCUUCUAAUUCACUGGCUGCAGUCGAUGAGCUUUUUAAGGCUCAUUAUGUUUUUGGUACCACCUAUUGUCAGGAGCUCACUAAUGUGUUCACUUUUUUGCAAACAACCCUCUAUGACAUAGAUGUUGAAAUGACCAAAGUCAAUCCUAGGGUGGCUGAGCUAAGAGCAAGAAUGCUCCAUUAAGCAAUAUGAUUUGUUUCAUUUGUCAAAAGAGGCAUGCUAAUGCCAAUGGACUUAUAAAACACUUUAAACUUGUUCAUGGACUUUGUUCGGGUAAAGGCCUCAAGUUAAAAUGUGCCCAUAGAGGCUGUUCUCAUGUGUACCACACACAAUGUUAUGCAAAUGACAACUUUUGUGCUGAUGAUGGGGAAUGUUCCACCUCCACAAACUCCAUUUCGUUAGGGGAGGCAGACAUGCCAGAGUUGCCAGAUCAGAGUGUACCUUCCGAGUCUGUACUACUAGAAAGACACAUAGUCAACAGUUGUGCUAAGCUGGUGGCAGAACUUAAACUUGUUGGCAAUUCAGAGAAAACUAUUAAUUUUGUUGUUAGUACUGUACAAGAAGUGAUUAGAGACCUUGAUCAUCUAAAGCAUGAAAAUUUGAAAAGUAGUCUUGUCUUAGAGGAGCCCAUAAAAAGCGUUGUUGAGUCUCAAAUUGAUCAGUGUUUUGAGAAUACAUUUUAUCCUUUUCUUCCAUUAAACACUGAGAGUAAGAGAACCAUUUACUUUUCUGAGAAAUGGGGGAAGAUUGAUCCAGUUGAAUAUGUUCUAGGAACAUGUUUUGCAACACGUUUUAACAGAACAACUGGAACUUUUGGCCAAUCUAUUGUCAAAGAUAAAUUUGU